AGUGGUAAAGAAAAAGGAAGAAGUAGAAGAAGUACAUCUGAGUCUGCGAGGGUCGAAGGCGGCUUGAUUUUUCCUUUUUUUUGUGAAAAACUUGCUGUGAAAAUUGUUAAAAAGCAUUGUGAAAAGUGUAAAAGUGCGUGCUGAAGGAAUGUCGCAAAAUAUUGCAACGGCAGCUUCUCUGGGAGCUCCGCGACGAUUGCGAGGCGAGACAGCAGCACCCCAAGCUCCGCCUGCGUCAGACACAAAUGGUGCGAUUCCUGGAGGCGUUGGAACUUCCCAGUCUGCUCGAUUUGGUGAAUCAGAAUGGGAAGCCAAAGAAUUGCAGAGGCAGAGAGAGCUGGAACAAGCGCAAGCUCGUGUAAGCCAAAUUGAGAAGACAGUGCAAUGGUGGAGUUCGUGUUCAAAAACUUGGAGAGAGAAAUACAGUCAGGUUCGUACGGAACGCAAUAAAGCACGGGAUGAGGCAAAACAGCUUCGAUCGAGCCUCGAGGCUGCCAUCAAGGAGUCCAAUAUUUACAAGAAGGAAAAAUCGGAGCUUGAAUUGCAAAUAAGUCAGUUGAAGAAGGAAAUGGAGAAGAUUCAUUCACUUCUCAUGAAACAUGCAGGACAAUUCGAAAAGAGUGGACUUGAGGGCAUUGACGAACCUGAACGCUGUGGCCGGGACAACGAUAGUCCUGAUGUUUCUUCUGAUGGUCUCAAGAAUGUCAAUAGCGAGGAUGGUCUGGUAAACAAAACUGAUCGUAGUCAAAGUAGAGACUCAGAUAUUGAGGGAUGUAUGUUGCAGGAACCUAUUUCGAAGAUUUUGGAGUGUGAGCAAAAUGAUGAUGCCAGUGCAGAGGAACGUCGACUGAUUCAGCAACUAUCCAAAGAUGACAACGACGAGGAUGAGUAUUUACAGCAAAAAAUCUCCACGCUCAGAUUACGCCUCGAUGAUGCUCAUAAAACUCUCGAAAAGGAAAGAGAAGAGAAACAUAACUAUAUGAAGAACAUCGAGAGGCUGACGAUGGAAAUGCAAGAAGUACAAGCUCAAUGCGAAGAACUUCGACUUUCUAAGCAAGAUGCCGUUCGAGAAUUGCUCACACUUCAGGAACAACACCGAGCCGAAGUCAGGAUAUCCAACAAUGCUCUCCAGGACGAAGUCAAUGCCAGGGAGUCACUCGAAAGGCGCCUUUGUGAACUUCGUGGUGAAUUGGAACGGAUGCAGGCAGAGAAUGCGGCUGAAUGGGGAAGAAGGGAACGUCUCGAGACGGAAAAAUUGAUCCUUGAGAGGGAUAAUAAGAAACUUCGGUGCGAAUUGAGAGAUUUUCAGGAACUUGCAGAUCGACGGGGUCGACCUCUUGUAUCAUCAGAUAUUGAAAUUAGAAAUUUGCAGCAGGAGUUAGCAGAACGAAAUAAGGAAAUAUUUGACUUCAAGCAUUCUCAUGGAAAAUUGAAGAAACUCCUAGCGGAAUCUAACACGGAGCUUGGUCAUGCAGUUCGACGUGCAGAGCAGUAUGAGAAUGAAGUUAAACGCCUACGAGCACGAGUUGAAGAGCUGAAGAGGGAGUUAGUUCGAGUCGAGGAUGAACUGGAUGCUGCAUGCAAUCAUGUCAAGAGACUUCAGCGAACUAAGGAGGAAGCUGGCGGUGGUGAAGGUUUUCAUCUUACAAGCAGCCCUAAGCAUCAGGCAUAUUACAAUUCGUCAUAUAAACCAAACAUAAAUGAUUUGAGACAACUUUUUGAUGAUACAAAGCGAAUGAAUGAUAGAGGGAUAUUUCCGAGUAAGAGUCAAUUGAUGGAGGCCAAAGGUCAAUUGACACCGCAAUCCUUGUGCUAUGAUGUCAAGGGGAGUUUGGGGGAAUGCGAAGGGAUGACUGAGGGACGGCAAAAAUUUGAUUUUGAACGGGCAAAGCAGAAAUUUGAUAAAAAUGGAAAGGUAACGGGUGGAAAAGGUGGGAGUUCGGGUGGAAGUAGGAGUUCAUCAUUAAGUGGGAAAAAGCUAACAGAGUCGUAUAACAUGGAGUUGGGCAUAUCAAAGCAGAAUUUCAAUGAAACUGUUCAAUUUUUUGACGAAAAUAUGCGCAAGAAGGAUGGCUACAUGAAAACAAGUCUCAAUCUUGAUGGAUUAAAAAUAUCUGACGAUGAAACUCCAUAAUUCUGAGCAACCAACCAGUCUCCUAGCUGCCAACGAGGAAACCAAUGAUUGAUGUUUACCAUCAUCAAAUUUCAUUGAUUACUUCAGUUACAUCAAUAGAUUAACUAAUAGGUUGUAAUUUUUAAUCUAUAAAUUUUAAAAUUUGUUUAUUUAUUUAAUAUUUUACUAUUGGCAAAUUAAAAAAAAAACAUUCCUUUGAAUUCUGAAUUGACUUUUUGUCUAAGAAGUUUUUAUAUUUAAUUCUAUGAAUUCUCAAAUUAUGAAUGUGUAUUUUUUUGCAUUUGAUAAAAAUAUAGAAUAGACUUGAGUCUAUUCAACAUUCAUUUGUAUUUAUUUACUAAAUCUGAGACUUAGAAUUGUCUAAUUUCAAUAAAUUCAUAUUUUAUAUCAUACAGAACGUAGACAAAAUGAGUGAUUAGUCAGCUCAUGAUAGGCACAUGAUUGUUAAAUUUAAAAAUGAUCAAAAUCGUACUUUAAUAGUGUGUUUGGUAAUAUUAAAAACCCUAAUGAGAGACGUUACAGACACUUACUCAUUUUAAUAAUAAUUUUACUGUCGAUUUCAAGGAUUUCUCUGAUGUACGGACCAUUGCCGUCUUAUCCUUGCUCGAAGCCUCUAAAAAAAAUAACGAUGAAAAAGUCCCUUAUCGAUUAAUACUUUAUUUAUUUCUUUUUAAAGAAGAAUAAUUAUCCCAAUGUAAUGUCGAUUUCAUUAUAAAAUGAUGUAUAUUGAAUGUGACGUCUCUUUCUUCUUGUCUAAAUAAAGAAUUGCAACAUUUGAAAACAGAAACAUGUAACUACAAUGUGUAAUUCCAUCUGUGUUGGAAAUGGGUAAAGUCCAUCCAUCAAAUAAAUGAAUUUAUCUCUCUAUCAUC